AUUUUUGACCAAUAGAAAAAUUCGUCGUAUGUUGCAGGUUGUUAGGUUAGAAUAUAUGUGUCACAACGUCAAAAACAGAUGGGUAAACUUUUACAUCAAUUUAACUAAUUCCAAAGUUAUUAAUUGUUGAUUGUUGUGGUAUGCUGCUCAGCAUCAAACCCAACAUUUAGCUUACUUUUUUCAUUUUAAAAACAAUUCAAUUUGAAAAAAUUAUCAAAAUAUACCUCGCAUUCUGAUAAAAGCUUAUCAUUUUAAAGUUUAUGGUCACGAUAAAUCUAAUCAGAAGGUAUCAAUAAUGUUAUUAAGUGGGAAACCAUAACUAUCACAUAUUGUUGUUCUUAAAAUGUUUAAAUCUGAAAACGGUCUAGUGCGGAUCUUUGCUGGUUGCUUCCUACUAGUUUAUCAUUCAUGUCUCACAUCAUGCAGUUCCGAAGAUGUAAAGUUCAUGUCCAGGGAAGAACGAGCUCUACUGAGGGAGGAAGCAAGAGAUAUGUUCUAUCAUGCAUACAAUGCCUAUAUGGAAAAUGCCUAUCCAGCUGAUGAGCUCAUGCCUCUGAGCUGCAAGGGGCGGUAUAGGGGGUUAACUCCUAAUAGAGGAGAUAUAGAUGAUGCCUUAGGAAACUUUUCCUUAACGUUAAUUGAUACGUUAGAUACUUUAGUGAUUUUAAAUGAUAUGGGAGAAUUUGAGCAUGCAGUGAAGUUGAUCAUUAAAGACGUAAAUUUUGAUAACGAUGUUGUUGUUUCGGUUUUUGAAACCAAUAUCCGAGUUCUGGGCGGUUUGCUCUCGGCGCACAUUUUAGCAGAUUAUCUACAACAAAGAGAUGGCAUAAUGCCUUGGUAUGAAGGAGAAUUACUGAACAUGGCCAAAGACAUUGGAUUUAGGUUGUUGCCGGCAUUUAAUACCACUACAGGCAUUCCCUAUUCAAGGGUAAGUUCAGGCAUAAAAUACACAAAUAUGCAGGGCUAUUUUAAUAUAUUUU